AUGGCCACCGCAACGGGGCGAGAUGUUGGCAAAGCCAAUUCGCGCAAGGCAUAUAGCAAUGGCAAACUACAAUCCCCCGCCAAACCCGAGGUUUGGGCCAACACGGACCGGACGCGAUGGCGGAUAAAGGACGAUGACAGCCGACAUACAUGGCAGUACCUGACCGACGAAAAGGCUGCCAAGGACUGGCCACAGAGCUUUGCCGAGAAAUACUUUCUCGGCCUGCCUUUGGACCUUGCCGCCCUUCCAAAACCCGAGACGCCUUUGCAAGCCGCCUCAAACGCCCUGGAGUUUUUCGAGAAGCUUCAAUUACCCUCGGGUCACUGGGGCUGCGAAUACGGCGGCCCAAUGUUUCUUCUCGCGGGCAUCGCGGUCGCCUGGCAUGUCACCAAGACGCCAAUCCCACCGGCAUACGCAACUGCGAUUAAAGACUAUCUCACGGCUAGGGCUCACCCAGAAGACGGUGGCUGGGGGCUGCACAUUGAGGGUGAAAGCACCGUGCUCGGCAUUAGCUUAAACUACACAGUGCUGAGGCUCGUCGGUGUUGAUCCUGAAGAGCCUGUCAUGGUCAAGGCCCGUGGCACGCUGCACAAGCUGGGAGGAGCAGUCAAUGCGCCUCAUUGGGCGAAAUUCUGGCUGGCGAUCCUGGGUGUCGUCAGCUGGGACAUUGUCAAUCCCGUCCCGCCAGAGAUCUGGCUGCUGCCGGACUGGCUUCCCAUCUCCCCUUGGAGGUGGUGGGUUCACAUGCGAAUGGUCUUCUUGCCCAUGGGAUACGUUUACUCAAAGCGAUGGAGUUGCGAAGAGACGGAUGUCACCCGUGGCUUGAAGGAAGAACUGUUUACUGAGCCGCACGCCGAGAUCGACUGGGCCACUCACCGAAAUAGCAUUGCCUCAGUCGAUAACUACCAUCCAAAGUCGUGGGUGCUGAACAAGCUGAACUGGUUCAUCGUCAAUGUAUGGAAUCCGUAUCUGCGGCCAAAUUACAUCAAGAAUUGGGCAGAGGACUGGGUGAGUCAACUGGUAGAUAUCGAGGAUGCCAAUACCGACCAUGCAGAUCUCGCACCUGUCAAUGCAGCAAUGAACACGGUUGUUUGCUAUAUUCGGGACGGGCCCGAUGCUUUCAGCACCAGGAGACAUGUCGAGCGACUGGAUGAAUUCCUCUGGGUCACGGGCGAAGGCAUGCUCUGCAAUGGCACCAACGGCGUCCAGUGCUGGGAUACUUCAUUCUUGAUUCAGGGCGUCUUUGAGGCCGGCCUCGCUAAAGACGAACGCUGGCGUCCCAUGUUGAUGCGUGCGCUGGAAUAUUUGGAGCGACAGCAAAUUCGUGAGAACUGUGCCGCGCAGGAGAAGGGUUAUAGACACCCCCGAAAGGGAGGUUGGCCCUUUAGCAACAGAGAUCAAGGAUAUGGAGUCAGUGACUGCAUUGCGGAAGCUCUCAAGGCAAUCAUUCUUCUCCAGAAAGACGGAGGAUUCCCGAAGGUGCUGGAGGACCAGCGAAUUUUCGACGCGGUCGACACUCUAUUGCUCUAUCAGAAUGGCAAUGGGGCCUGCUCAUCCUACGAGCCACGACGUGCUGGCGAGUACAUGGAGCUACUCAAUGCCGCAGAAGUUUUUGGGAGAAUCAUGAUCGAGUACGACUAUCCAGAGUGCACAACUGCCUGCGUCACCGCACUGUCAUUGUUUAGGGAGCAUUGGCCGGAUUACAGGUCGGAUGAGGUUAAGACGUUCAUCCGAAGAGCGACGGCGUGGAUCAAAUCCAAUCAAAGAAGUGACGGUAGCUGGUACGGCAGCUGGGGCAUUUGCUUCACUUAUGCAACCAUGUUUGCCCUCGAGAGUAUGGCCAGCAUUGGCGAGACGUAUUCCAACAGCAGCAUCUCCAAGCGUGGCUGCGACUUUCUCUUGUCCAAGCAAAGGGCAGACGGCGGCUGGUCUGAAAGCUACAAGUCUUGCGAGACCAUGGAGUACCAUGAGCACCCGAUGGGAUCUCUCGUAGUCCAGACCGCCUGGGCCUUGAUUGGCCUCCUUGAGGCCGACUACCCAGAUGCCGAGCCGCUCAAGAAGGGCAUCAAACUCAUCAUGGAAAGACAGCAGGAAAACGGCGAGUGGGUGCAGGAAGCAAUUGAGGGCGUGUUCAACAAGUCUUGCAUGAUUUCGUAUCCGAACUACAAGUUCACCUUCACAUUGAAGGCUUUGGGACUGUUUGCCCGAAAAUACCCCGGUGAGAAGAUUGGGUUGUAA